AUGAUUGUUGUAUCUUAUUUGAUAUUUGGUUUCUGCUAUCAGAUCAGUGGAGUAGAUGUGUCAGGUGAUAGGACGUUGGUGCUUCAGCUUGUUGGAUUGCCAGGAAUAACUGAAUUCUACAACAAAAUGAAGGUGAUCAGAUCAGAAGAUGAGUUCUAUGAAAUUGAAAGAAAGUUGUGCAGAAUCACGGUGAAGAAGGUGAUGGAAUCUGAUUUGUUGAAUGCUUUUGCUAAGGAUGUGAUCAUAACGGAUGGUUUCAACAAAAGAGCAGUUUGGGCAACAAAAAUGUUCAGAGGAACCAUUUCACGUUAUCGAGGUCGUUCAAUACCACGGGAAGUGAGGAACCUGAAGGAAAUGAAGAAAGAGCUGAUGAGAUUCACUCAUUUAGCUCUAAUGGAGUGUAAAAAUAUGAUGGACUGUGGCACCACCGAUUAUUCAGGUACAAUACGUGAAUUCAUCAUAUUUGAAAAUGACCUAAUUCAAAUGGUAAACAGGUGCAAUUUAUCAGAUAAUUCAAGCAGCAAUGCCACCAGUUUGGAUACACUGAAAUUGGGUGAACUUGACCAAUAUUCCACUAUCAACUACAAGCAAGAAUUCCAUAGAACAAGGGUGGAUUUGAUUACAGGCAACUUGUUUCAAAAUAACCUAUCUCCAAUAAAAGAGCCUACAACAGAACCAAUAAGACGACAUGAUACCAUUUCAAGCAGUAAUCAUUCAACAGUUGUGGACCAUAGGCAGAGUAUGAGAGCACUCAAUUCGUAUGAAUUGGAUUUUAAGAAUUACCUGAAAUCAAGAGAGACGAUGCACAUGAAUGGUGUCCCAGAGAGUAUACGGAGAUGGAGACAGUUUGAAAUAAGCUGCAGUUCCACUAAAUUCGUGAGACAGAGGAAUGAACACUAUCCGAACUACACCAUUUAUCCACUGAGAGUCAAGUACGAUAAUGGCAGUUUUAAGGUCAAAAUAAAGUUCAACAACAAAUUCAAGCAGGAUACAGCUCUGGUUGUCUGGACUGAAGCCAUAAUCAACAAAGAGAAGCAGAGGAUCUUUCUAGGCAAAUUUGAGUUGGGCAAGAAGUUUAGGAAGCACGUUAUCAAACUCAAGGGGCCGUUUAAGGACGGCGAUGAAUUUUUAUUUCAUUUGAUCAAUAAGCAGAAAACGCGGAUGAGUCCAGAAGUAUCAGUCUGCUACUCAGAGUUGUUGGUGGAUCAAUCAGGUUCACCAAUUUGCAGCCCCAAGAAUCAUGCAACAAACAAUGGCCAAUGA